AUGAUAAAUAAUAUAACAAUAAAGCAAACCUAUAUUGAUAUAUCAGAUUUCCUUGCAAAACUUAGAUUAUAUUUGCAAAACCAAGAAGUAAAUCUAGCAGAUAAUGCAGAAGGUCUACUAACAGAAAGAGAAAUUACUACAAAACAGAAUUGGAAAUUAGCAAACUUACUUGAUAAUACAGAACAGGCCAACUUAGUAGCUGUAAAUGGGAAAACAGGUCUUUGGGAUGAAAAUUGGCAUAUAACAGGUAGUUGUUCUACUAACAUUGCUAUUAAUAUACCAAAUGCUAAUAAUACUUUUCAACAGCAAGGAAUUUCUUUAGAAGAUAUGCAAAAAACAAUCCAGAAUGCACUAGUGCAACAAAAAACUAAAAACCAGACAUUAGUAAAGAAAGUUACAGAAUUAGAAUCUCAAAUAGCUAAGCAAACUGCUUCUCAAACUGUUGAACCAGUUAGACAGCCAAAAGGUUUACUAUUUUCAUUACAAACAAAAAAAGAUAGCAUAAGUGAAUUCGGAGAAGUAAAUAAUGCAACAAUUAAUGUCCUAGGGUGGAAAGCUAAUAUGCCAAUUAGUAUAAAGAACAAAAAUGAUAAAAUUGUUAUAUCUACUAGAAAUUUUGCUCAUAUUAAUAAUGAUGAACCCAAACCAAUGUUAUGUUUAGAUAUGACAUAG